AAUUUUUAAAAAUGUAUUUGACCGAUUGCUGCUAAUUUUGAAAGCAUGUAGUACAACUGCAGGAUCUCAAGUUUAUUGCGGUACAAUUCAAAUUCAACAACUACAUGCCUCUACAGGCAACUGACAUAUCAAGAUUCGAGUAACACUGCAGUAAACAAAAAAAAAGCAGACCAACCAGUCGUCAGAGGCGUGCCCCAACUCUGUAACACUGAACUCCUUCAGACCUUUUCCAUAAACCUCCUCUGUCCCCUGCAGCAGCCGGCACUGCCAGAGCUUCUCCAAGUGUGCUUCACAAACGUGAAGACCUGCAUCAUGUUCUUGAAGUUCAUUUGUGCUGUGGUCACCAGGUCUUUGUUUAUCCUCAUCUCUCUGAUAGGGGUAUGGAGGGUGGUGUGGGUGAAGAACAAUGGACUCUACUGGUUUCUUACCAUCCUCUACCUGCCUCUCGUGAUGGAGAUGAUCCUGACCCUGAGAAGAGGGAGGGGAAAUGAUUACAAGUGGUUUUCUCCAGCAAUAUUCCUCUUCCUCAUCAGUAUUAUCCCGUCAGUGUGGAUCUUAGAGCUUCACCACCAGGAAAACAAAUCCAAUGAUGCAAUGUGUGAAAAGCUUGACUCAACUGAAAAUAUUAAAAGUCUGUUCAGAUUGUGGAGGAACUCAACCAAUAGCAGUGAGCCAUUUGUGGGGCUGCCCCUGUCUUCAGUGUGUGCCAAUGACUGGAUCUUGGCUUUACACCAGAUCCUCCUCAUUUUACUGAUCGUAGGAAAGUGGCUGCUGCCGGCCGCUGGAGGACUGACCAGGGACCAGCUCUCACAGUUACUGCUCAUCUUUGUAGGCACUGCUGCUGACAUACUGGAGUUCACCUCAGAAACACUAUCAGACAUCAAUGAUAGCAGUCCUGUCAUGGUCUACAUUAUUCUGGUGGUGUGGACUUGGAGCAUGCUGCAGUUUCCACUGCAUCUGUCAGUAAUGGAUGCAUCCUCAGAUGAGCUCUCCGAACCUGCUCCCUCACUCCUGUCUCACCUCAGGACUGAUAUCUGGAGCACUGUGGAAGCUUUGUUGCUCCAGGAUGGGCCUUUCCUGCUGGUCCGCCUCACUGUCAUGAUCCACUUCAAUGUGGUACACCAGAUGCUGAUCUUCUUCGCCAUUAAAAACUUUCUGGUUGUCAUUCUUAGCAUCUACCGGCUCUCUGUUCUCAUCUGUGACAAGACCUCCUGAGUUUGGAUGGAAUCCCAGAACAGAAAGUUGUGUAAUGAUAUUACUGUGGGUGUCAUUGUGAUCGCAUGUCAGAUGAUCAUGUAUCUGCAAAUUUUCCUUGUCUAACCAGCCUGUUUGCAUUGUAUAAAGCUCUAGUCCAGUAUGUCGGUUUUUGCUAUUACACAAUUUCUAUUUGCAGAGGACAGUAUGUAUAUCAGAAUAACAGAUGAUGAUGUGACAGUGGCAAAAAUGAUCACUUGUGCUGAGUUACUGAAUAGAGAUCCGGCAUUAAAGAUCAGAAACUAAUUUGAUAAAUGA